UUAUGAAACCUUUUACUAGUAAUUAGUGUUCGAUUUGUCUUAGGUUGUAGUAGUAGUAGUAAUGGAAAGAGAUUCAUUGCACGAUCAUGUAAUGGAUCUCUACAAAUCCCAUCACAAAAACACAAACCCUAAACCUAAUCACUACACAUCCAAAGGCCUUCUAAAAGCUCCACCUCUCUCUCUCCUCCACUCCGCCGCCUUCUCUCUCCCUCCGCCGCAGCUCCCCCGCCGCGCCUCCUCCUCCCCCUCUAAAAACAAGAAGAAAUCGACAAAACCUUCCACUUCCAAAAAAGAAUUGAAAGAAAUUACACCACCAAAGAAUAUUGCAAGAUUUGAUAAUUCAGUGAGAGAUGUGGUGAAAGACCGAGUGGAUAUGCUCUUGGGUUCCGUGAUGUUUGCUAUCUCUCCGCCGCCGCCUAGCAGCUUGCCGUUGCCCAGUUUUUGUUUGAGGCCGAAGCUAAGCUGCAAUGUGGAUGCCGGAGCCACUGAUGAUCUCCGCCGCCUUCUACGCCUAACCUAAUUCAUGCAAAUGGAUCAAUAAUGAUUUCUCGUUUACCUGCUUUCACUUGAAUCCUGAUAUAUUGAGUGAUUGAAAAGGAAACGUCUUAUCAACUAAGUUGCAUUUCCUCGUUCCUCCUCCUGAUUUGUUGUUUUUAGAGAUAUAUAAUUAAUACUACUAUCUAUGUAGUUUUAGAAUGAGAUGUAAUAUUCUGAUUAUUGUUUUAAGUUGUUUGAUUGAAUACUAUGUGACCGACCAGGUCCACUGCCUCUAUUGUUUUUAUUAAACGAGGUGGUGUCCAACGGUAUUGAAUGUACCAAAUUACAUUUAUAUAAUGCAAAUGAUAUCGUUUUAUAGAA